CAUUUCAUUACUCUCUCGUCACUCCACGCUCUCCACUCUCUCCCUCUCCCAAUUCCGAUGAACAAAAACGGCUCCCGGAAGCGCGCGCCGCCGCCGUCGCAACGCCCACCGGCGAAGCUUCCCUCGAUGACUCAGGAAGAAGAGUUCAUGGACGAAGACGUGUUCCUGGACGAAACCCUCCUUUCCGCCGACGAAGAGUCCCUCAUUCUCCGCGACAUCGAGCAGCGCCAGGCCCUCGCCACGCGCCUCUCCAAGUGGACGCGUCCUCCUCUCGACGCCGACUACGUCGCCCAAUCUCGCAGCGUCGUUUUCCCGCAGCUGGAGAUUGAUUACGUGAUCGGAGAGAGUCACAAGGAGUUGCUGCCGAACUCGUCUGGACCUGCUGCCGUUAUCAGAAUAUUUGGAGUUACUAAGGAAGGUUUGCUCCUGUUUCUGUCUUCUUUCAUGCUGCAAAAUUUGGUUGCUUAUACAAUUGGAGAUAAUAAGCAUUGCUGGGUUGUCGCUUUUUAGUGUUACAUGAGGUUCUAGGGAAGAAGGUGAUAGGUACAGAUAGUUUAGAGCCUUAGUUAGAUAAUUGUUAGAUUCAGUUAGUUUGUUAGGGCGGCUGGAUAAAAAGAAAUAAGGCAUAUUGCCUAUAAAUCGGAGAAAAGUUUGAGUGAUUGGGGUACUGCGGCAACCGGAACGGGUGACCAAUAUUUUAUUUUAAGGAAAAAAUAUUAGAAAAUUCUUUAAAAAAUAGUUUUUAAAACUAAAAU